AUGGUAAAAGUAAGGCGUUUACUAGCAAACUCAUACACCCAGAAACUGGAAAAAGAAGAAAAAAAUUUUACUCGUAUUUUUCUCAAGUAUGAGGUUUUUCAUGAAAAUUUCGUUCUGAAAUAUACAUUGCUCUAUACUACUAGUACACUCAACUCGAGGGAGUUGUAUAUGAAUAGAUUCUUUCAUACAACUGUCCUGAGAUUUAUAAAAAUGGGAAAAAAGGGAAGAAGAGGGAACAGAAACGGAAACAAGCUCGGUAAAAGAGACGACAGGGAACCGUGGAGUCAAAUCAAACAGGAAAAUGAAUCCUGGGAAAACUACUACAGGGGAUUGGGUAUUAUUCCAAAUGGAGACUUUGAUCUUUUCAAGAAAACAUGUCAAGAAACUCUACCACUUACUUUCAGAGUUACCGGUUCAAGAAAACAUGCAAAAAUCAUUGCCGAACUUUUCCAAAAUAAAAUUAUGCCGUUAUUAGAAAAUGCAGAAGGCACUGAAAAUUAUAAAAAGCCAUAUGCCCUCCCUUGGUAUCCUGACAACUUGGCAUUUCAGAUUGAUUUGCCUAAGCAAGUCAUCAAAAAGGUUCCUGAAUAUGCCAAAGUUCAAAAGUUCCUAAUGGUUGAAAACGAGGUUGGUAAUAUCUCCAGACAAGAAGCGGUGUCCAUGAUUCCACCUCUAGUUUUGGAUGUUGAACCACAUCAUCAUGUUUUGGACAUGUGUGCAGCACCUGGUUCCAAGACCGCCCAACUAAUUGAAGCGUUGCAUACCUUCAAAGAUUCCAAUGAUGACACCCAACAACCAACAGGUUUUGUUAUGGCUAACGACUCUGACUAUAGAAGAGCAUAUAUGUUGGUCCAUCAAAUUAAGAGAUUGAACUCUGCUAAUGUUGUUGUUGUUAACCAUGAUGCACAGAUGUUCCCAAAGAUGAAACUGGAAGAGAAUGGCCAAUAUGUCAAAUUCGACAGAAUUUUAUGUGAUGUUCCAUGUUCUGGUGACGCAACCAUGAGGAAAAACAUCAUGGUUUGGAAAGAGUGGAGAUUUGGUAAUGCUAUUGGCUUACAUCCACUUCAAUUGAACAUCCUAAAGAGAGGCUUGCAGUUACUGAAGCCCGGUGGAAGAUUAGUGUAUUCCACUUGUUCUUUGAACCCACUUGAGAACGAGGCUGUUGUUGCAGCUGCAUUAAAAUUAUGGGGAGGUAAAGUUAAAUUGGUUGAUUCGAGUGACAGGUUACCUGGUUUGAUCAGACACAAUGGUAUCAAAACUUGGAAUGUCUAUGGCAAAGAUGGAGAAAUCAAGGCAAGGGGUGAAGAUGAAAAAUUACCAGAGAGUCUAUUCCCACCAAGUGACGAAGAAUCGAAAGAUAUGAAUUUAGAUUAUUGUAUGAGGGUAUAUCCCCAAGAUCAAAACACUGGUGGGUUUUUCAUUACUGUCUUUGAGAAGGAAGCCGAAGUUGAGGUUCCUGCGAAGAGUGUCUCCGAAAACAAGAGAGAAGCAUCUGAACAAUUAGAGUCUGAGGCUAAGAAACAAAAGGUCGAAGAAACUAACGUUACUGAAGUUGUCAAGCAAAGAAAGGAGAAGUUACCAAUAGAUGCAAAUGAAGAACCGUUUAUUUUCAUUGAUCCAAAGAAUGAAGUUUUACAAAACUGCUGGAAAUUUUACAAUGUAUUAGACGAAUUCCCAAAAGAUUGUACUUUGGUGAGAAACGCAACUGGUGAGCCAUUGCGUUCAAUCUACUAUGUGUCACCAAUUGUUAAAAAAAUUCUGGAAAACAAUGAUAAGAAGCUGAGGAUCAUAUAUACUGGUAUCAAGCUAUUUGUUGCACAAAAGAGUGACAUUUGUCCUUGGAGGUUCCAAAAUGAAUGUUUACACGUUGUUAGGAAAUACUUGCCAACAUCAAGGCAGAUUGAACUGAACCUGGAAAUGCUCAAGUUAUUACUUACUGAAUUAUCACCAAGUCUUCAGCAAGUUAGAGAUAGCAAUGCAGAUCCAAGGUUCAUUGAAGAAGUUGCAAAGAUGGGCGAAGGAUCAUGUUUUGUUAAGGUCAAAACUAACAACCCUAAUGAAGAAUUAUUCUUCCCACUGUGGAAAGGUAAGAGCAGCUUUAAUUUGAUGGUUAACAAGCACGAAACUGCAGAACUUUUGUAUAGAUUAUUUGACAUUGAUAAGGCUGCGCUUGAUAAAGAAAAGGCAGAAAAGAAGGCUGUUGAGGAGGUUGUACAGGAAGCUGCAAAGAAGCAAGAGGAAACCGCUGUUGACCAAACAGAGGCAAAAACAGAAGAAAAGACAGAAAAUUGA